AUGUCUCCUCCUCUUCCUGCAGCAUUUCCUCGUGUCCCUCCUGAGUCCCCGUUUACAACAACAAAUAGGCUUUCGUGGUCUUUGAAGUGGAGUGGGUAUCAAACUUUAGAGCUGUCUUCAGGUAUUGUUUAUCUCCCAGUGUAUACGCAGCUAGGCAAGGGGCAAUUUGGGAGGGUCUUUGAAGUUGUUCCUGCUUCUCCUCCUCCUGCUGCUGCUCCUGCUGCUGCUGCUGCUGCUGGAGGUGCAGCAGCAACUGCAACACCAACAGCAGAUAAUGCAGCCGCAAAUUCAGGGACGCAGCAAACAACAGAUGCUCCUGCUGCAGCAAAUGCAGCAGCAGCAGCAGCAAAUGGAGGCGACCACUUGCGCUCUGGUUCCCCACCUAACCCAGCAGCAGCAGCAGCAGCAACAUCAGCAGCAGCAGGUGUAGGAGCAGCAGCAGCAGCAACUGCAGCUCCUCCUCCUCGCUUGCCUGCUUCUCAGAGAUAUGCAGCAAAGCUGCUGCUGCUGCCUAACUAUAAACGCGAAGGUGUUACUGCCGAUUUGCUGCGAGAGUUCUCGAUGUAUGGAGAUCUAGAGACGCCAGGGUCUGAGGGUUUAGGGUUUGCUAAUGUAUUAAAAGUCUUCGGUAUUACAAGCUGCAUUCAGUUCUCUAAACCCUUUGCAGAUGCCUAUCUCUCAGGUGUACAGACAGCUGGCGUUCUCGUUGUCGAAAGAUGUGCCUCUGACUUCGCUGCAUUCGUCAGACUCCUCAACUUGCAGAAGAAAUUAAACCACUCAGCACUCAAAUUCUAUGCUUGGCAGCUACUCAACGGCACUCGCGCGUGGUCUUUGCCGUUCCGAAGUGUCUCUGCAGCUCCUGGGCCUCCUGCUUCGCAGCAGGAUCAGCAGCAGCAGCAGGAGCAGCAGCAGCAGGAGCCCCAGCAGCAGCAGCAGCAGCAGCAGCAGCAGCAGCAACAGGAGCAGCAGGAGUAUGCAUGCUUAAAGGAGGGGCCCCGGGGCCCUGAUGAGUGGCGCCUGCUUACAAUGAGGCAGUCUGGACGCGUCGUUACUUUACCAUACAGACCUCCUGAAAUAUUAGCUGCUGCUGCUGCUAAUCAGAGUGCAGCAAAACUCCCUGUUGCAGCAUUUUCUUCUGCAUGCGAUGUGUGGUCUGUGGGAGUAAUACUUUUAGAGUUAUGUCUACCUCAAGCUUUAUCGAGGCCUUUCAAGUGGAACUUUGCGUUUGUUCUUCACGGUGUUUGUCGUGCGGCAUUUAAUAUGGAAUUCAUGAUUCUUGAAAAUAUAUUCAAAGUCCUUGGAAAACCUGCAGACCCCACACAACUCCAAGACAUGCUCGCGUACGAUCCCGAUCCCGAUCCCGAUCCCGAUCCCAACCCCACAAUCGAUCCCAACCCCACACUCCAUACAACUGGUACAGGAGUCAGCGCUCAUUAUUCGUUGUCUGGCGAACAGCGCGACGCUCUCUGUUCUUUUUUCGGGGCUUUUCCUUCUCUGUCUCACAACGAAAGAAAAGCUGCUUUACUGGACUUCAUCUUAGAAAGAGGAGGAAUACCGUUAGACGCCCUAGGCCUAGACCUUCUUGCUAGGCUGCUUCAUGUGUCUCCUUCUCGGCGUCUCUCCGCGCACUCUGCAUUAUCCCAUCCUUGGUUUCACGACUUGCCUUUUGAGCAAAUGAACCGUUUAGGUCUUUCAUUUCACCUCGCAGACUUGGAGAUCCCUGCAUUUCGUGCUGCUCUUCCGUCUCCUCUUCGACGUUGUCUGGCUGCAUUGGAAGCAAAGGGGCGUCUACCUUCCAGCACUCGCUUUGCAUGUCACGCGCUGCUGCAGCAAGCCUUGCUGCAGCAGCAUCAGCAGCAGCAGCAGCAGCAGAAGCAGCAGCAGCAGCAACAGCAGCAGCAAGGCGUUUGCAACAGGCGAUCGGGAGAUAACAACCGACGCAGCGGCAGCAGCGUCAGUGGACAGAAGAUUCGAAGCAGCAGCAACAACAGCAGCAACAGCAUGAGAGCAGCAGCUACUGCGGCUGCUGCUGCAGCAGCUGCAGCUCCCGCAGUGAAACAGCAGCUGCUGCUGCAGCAGCAGCAACAGCUGCACAGCAGCAGCAGCAACAUUAGCAGCAGCAGCAUGGCGGCUUCCUCUUCAAGCUGCAGGUCAUCUGGGGGAAGAGCCUUUCGGUCCGUUGCUGCUGCUGCGUUGCAGCGAGGCAGCAACAGCACCACCAGCAACAGCAGCAGUAGCAGCAGCAGCAGCGUAAACCGCAGCAGCAGCAACAGCAAUACCAGGAGGAGCGACUCUGUCUCUAUCGAUUCGCAGCAGAAGGGCGUCGACGCAGCACAAAGGAGACCCCGAAACAUGCAGCAACAGCAGCAGCAACAGCAGCAGCUGCAGCAGCAGCAGCAGCAGCAGAGACACAAGAAUGGAGUCCUUUGUCCCCAGUCAGGUGUCUCCAGAAGGCCGCAGUGUGCUGGCAGUGAUGACGAGCUUGUUAGAAGUCCUUGGCGCUGCGCUCGUCCUGCUGCAGUAAGCGCCUCCACUUCGCUGCUUCCGUCUCUGCCGCUGCGGCGCCCUCUGAGUCAGAGGGGCCCCCUCUGCAGCUUAUUGCCUGCAGCAGCAGCACCUGCUGCUGCUGCUGCUGCUGCUGCUGCUGCUGCAGGGAGAGGCAACACCGCCUCCCCCCGUAAGUGUCAACGAGCAGCAAGCGCUUUUGACUGUAAGUCUGAAGGAAGCACUCCUUAUCAUGAUGCUUUAUCAGAACACAGCGCUUCACCCUUAGCUGCUGCUGCUGCUGCUGCUGCUGCUGUUAUCCCUGCUGCUGCUGGCGAGCAGUGCAGCAAUGAGAACGUUGACUCGUCGCAAGAUGCAGCCAGCAUCAGCAGCAGCAGCAGCAGCAGCAGCGCUGCAGCAGCAGCCAAGAAGAGAGGGAUGCAGACAGUUCGUUGUGGUGUGCCGAGUGUACCUGCUGCUGCUGGUAAGGAGCAGAAACCCCUCCGAAGAGCGAAGAGGCUGCGCAGGGGGUCUGAGACUUAG